CACAAAUCACCCCCAUUCAAACCAAUUUCUCUCUCAUUGACCCCAAUCUCUUCCGUGUUUUCCUCCAUUUUCAUUCCCCACGAUUCUCCAUCAGAUUUCUUUUACCUAAAUACUAGUUGCGCACUAAUAGGUAAGUUUUUGAGUUGUUUUAUACGGUUAUUUUGUUAAAUAUCUUCUUCCAUUUUUUAUGAUUUUAAGCAAAAGGGUUUCCGCCAUUGCUAGGGUUUUUGAACAAACUUCAAUUUUGAAUUUUCGGUUUUAAUGGCGGACGGAAGCACUCCAUGCAGAGUCUUUAGAGGUAUACCCAAUUUUGUACAGAAUUUUGUUAAUGCUCCAUCUUUUGAUUUGUGUAUAAUACAAGAUGAAGAAGAUUUUGCAGGCUCAGUUGCUAGAAUGGUUGCAGAGAGUAGUAUUAAGAUGCGACAUGACCCUGUAAGUAUGGAAACAAUGGAUGAGGAAGGUUCAAAAUCUAUCAAACGAAAAGAGGUCGUUCAUCCAUCGAAUUCCAAAUCCCCCGCACCAAGUACUGAAAAGCGAAGAAAAGUCAUCGAUGGCAGUUCAGUUAGCAAGGGCAAAAAUGUUGUUGAAGAUGGACCUUCCAAAGAAUUGGAGAGUAACUUCUUUGUGAAAGAUGCUCCUACUCACCCGGUGCACAUGAGUUGUUACACCAAUACAGAAGUAUUUAAACAACUAAAGGACAAACUUACUGACAAGCAGUACAAAAUGUUUGGGGAAACUUGCUUUGGUGUAUUCUUUCGGAUGCAACACUGUGACGUUCAAGCUCAGAUCCUGAGGUGUUGCAUGGUGAAAGAGCUUAUGGAAAGUACUCCAGAUGCAUUUUUAAUUGAUAUCAAUGAUAAGGAAUUGCGGUUUUCUAUCAGGGAAUUUGCACUCAUAACUGGGUUGAAGUGCAUUGGCGAUGAGAAUGCUUUCCCAUUUAACCGAAAAGGAAAAAACAGACUUUUGGAGAAAUAUUUUGGUGGUUCUAAAAACGUGCCUUACAAGGCAGCUUUGAUGGAAUGUUUCAAAGACAAAAACUGGGGCCUCAAUGAUGCCGAUGCCGUUAAGAUUGCGAUAUUGUAUUUCAUACAUACUUACAUUUUGUCCAAUGAGAAGAAGGUUAUAAAGAUACCAAGGCUACAUUUUGAGUUGGUAGAGAUCGGAAGAUACGCAGAUUACCCAUGGGGUAAGAAACCAUUCACAGAGUUGGUUAAAAGUAUGACACACAAGAUGAAUUCGGAGAAAAAGUUUUAUAGGCUUCACGGAAUGCCCUUUGCGAUGCAAAUUUGGUUAUACGAGUGCUGUUCACAUGUUGAUGAGACUCUUGCAGUCAAGUCGGGCAACGACAUCCCUAGAAUGCUAAAUUGGAGGACCGUAGAAAGCCAACCAACUUUCAAAGAUCUGAUGGAUGGCAUGUUUAAAGAAGAUAACAGCCCGGAGAUGUGUACUUUUGAUAAUAUAGUGCCGACGGUUAAUGAGGUUGCCUGCCUUUAACCGCCCCCCCUCUUGUUAUCGAUGCACAAACUACCACUGUCCCAA